ACAAAAAAAAUACAACAACUAAGAAUCAAUAGAAGGAAGGAUAGAAAAUACAAAGAAAAAGUUGAUUUUGUGGUUUAACAAACCCUUGAAGUUCAAAAAAAAAAAAAAACUCAGCGAAGAUGAUGCACAUGACCUUCUAUUGGAGCAAAAAAGUAACUCUCCUCUUCGAUUCAUGGAAAACCGAUUCAUGGACGAGUUACACACUGAGUCUACUCGCUUGUCUCAUCGUCUCCAUUUUCUACCAGUUGCUCGAGAAUCGCCGUAUUCGCCUCAAGCUCUUGGCCUCCGGAAAGCCGUUUCCGGCUGAGAUCGAGGCGCCUCUUCUUCGACGGACGUUCGCCGGAAGUGGAGCAAAAUUAGGCGUGAGAGUCGCCGGAGCGGUUCUGUUCGGGUUAAGCUCGGCGAUCGGGUAUUUCUUGAUGUUGUCUGUUAUGUCGUAUAACGGUGGCGUGUUUAUAGCUAUUGUUGUUGGUCUUGCGGUUGGUUAUUUGUUGUUCAGGAGCGACGGCGAAGAUUCCGUCGUCGUUGAUAGUUCUUGCGCAUGCGCUUGAUUUCGGUUUCUUGUUAUGAUUAUUGCUAAUCGAUUAGAUUUUACUGUUAUCGCUAUUUUUCUACUGUUUUAAAUUAGAUCUGUUGCAAGUGGGAAUUUUAGACAUGGUGUUUAUGCAGUUAUUGUAAUUAACUAAUUAUUAUCAAUAAAUUAUUGUUAAGAUA